AUGAGCUUAGGAUUAUGGAGAAGGGCAAGCCCGCUUUCAUUCAGAAUAACGAACAAAUGCAUACUAAGAUGUUCCAGGAAAACAUACUCGACUGCCCAAGCUACAGCGGGAAGGAAACUAAGGUUUAGGGAUUUAUUGAAAACCCCCGUUUUUAAGUCAGUUUUAUUAACCAUGUUGUUUGGAUCGACUGUGAUUGACUUCAUGAAGAAAAGAAAAGAGUACGAAGCGUUGAUCAGUACUUACGAGACCAGGUUUGAUAUACUUAAUGGAAUAAUUGCUAAAUUGAAAAAGGGGGAAACAGUUGAUUUGAAUCAAGAACUUAAUAUUGCCAACAGUUUGACUAGACACAAGUACAAUACGGUGACUGAUGUCGAGCUUGACGAACAACUUAAUGAAUUUUUGAAAUUGGCCGAAGACAAAGAGAAAAAUCCAAAAGAGGAACUACACAGGGAAGAGCCAACAAACCCUCAAGAACCAACUCGUCCAGAUCCAAAGAAAUUUUUAUAG